CAUGUUGGUUGAAUCCAGGCUCCUCCAGCGGCGGCGGAGCUCUCAGUCAGUGGACACCAACCACCGGGCACGGCGCUGUUGUGGACGGAAUCAGACCGGGAGAGGAGCCCUGUCACCGCGCCGGUUUUGAUAUUAAGUAGCUAUAAAUGUAAUAUUCUGCGGGCCGGACAAGGUGAGCGGUUUGUGAGACGAGGAGCGGCGGGACUUUGAGGGGUGUAGCGGAUAUUUCCAGAAUAUCUUACUAUGCUGAAUAUGACGGCCAGUUAGCCCCAGCAGGACCAUCUGAGUCAGGCAUGGCAUCGUCUUCCUAUCUGGAGCCCAGCCUCAAUCACUCAGCAUCGGGCGGUUGCGGGGUUAAAUCCCGACCAGGGUUGCCUUGUGGUCCCGGCACAAGUGGUUCUGCAGGAGGUCUGGAGCGGGCUCCAGCAUCCAUGGAUCGAGUUCUUAAGAUCUUCCAUUACUUUGAGACAAACAGUGAACCGAGCACCUGGGCGAGUAAUAUCAGACAYGGAGAUGCUACAGAUGUCCGGGGUGUUAUCCAGAAGAUAGCAGAAAUCCACAAAUUACGCUGCGUGUCGUCUUUGGGGCUCCGUCUGACCCAUUUGCACUCCGAUGCUCUCCAYUGGUUACAUCCUGACCUGGGCGUGUCUCAUGUGAGAGAGCGAUAUGAGAAACAGCACCCCCAAGAAGAGUGGAGGUAUGAGCUGCGAGUACGGUACUUUCCUAAAGGUUAUCUCAGCCAUUUCUCUGAAGACAAACCUUCUCUCAACUACCUCUAUCACCAGGUGAAAAGUGAUUAUAUGCAAAAAAUAGCUGACCAGGUGGAUCAAGAUGUUGCACUGAAACUAGGCUGUUUGGAAAUAAGGAGGUUCUUCAGAGAGAUGCCAGGCAAUGCUCUUGACAAGAAAUCAAACUACGAACUACUUGAGAAAGACGUGGGUUUGAGAAGGUUCUUCCCUAAAAGCCUGUUGGAUUCCCUGAAGGCAAAGACUCUUCGGAAGCAGAUCCAGCAAACUUUUAAACAGUUUGCUAACCUCAACGAUGAGCAGAGCAUUCACAAGUUCUUUGAGAUUCUCUCUCCCAUCUUCCCCUUUGAUAAGGAGUGCUUCAAAUGUGCUUUAGGGUCUAGUUGGGUAAUAUCAGUGGAGUUGGCAAUUGGACCAGAGGAAGGAAUCAGCUACCUCACAGAUAAGGGCUCAACGCCAACACACUUAGCUAAUUUUAACCAAGUCCAGUCUAUUCAGUACUCUGCUUUGGAAGAGAAGGACAGGAAAGGCAUGCUGCAGCUGAACGUAGCAGGAGCUCCAGAGCCCCUCACUGUCACUACAGCAUCACUGACUACUGCAGAAAACAUGGCGGACUUGAUCGAUGGUUACUGUCGGCUCGUCUUCUCAGUUAGUCACUCCUUCAUCAUUCGAGUUCACAAAGAAGGUGAUCGAGCACUUCCAUCUUUACCAAAAGUUUCGAAUCAUGAGAAGCGGAUGGAAAAACGCAUGGAUGGAGUUCGAACCCGAGCCGUUUGUGUGUCAGGUCACAUUAGUGGUGAUGAAACGGAUGACUAUGCUGAGAUCAUAGAUGAGGAGGACACCUACACCAUGCCUUCGAAAUACUAUGGACUAGAUCAAGCCCGAGAUUAUGAGAUCCAGAGGGAUCGAAUAGAGUUGGGAUGCUGCAUCGGGGAGGGUCAGUUUGGAGAUGUCCACCAAGGAGUCUACAUCUGCUCGGACAAUCCGGCUUUGUCUGUCGCAGUGAAGACGUGUAAGAACUCAACGUCAGACAGCGUCAGGGAAAAAUUCCUGCAGGAAGCAUUGACCAUGCGUCAGUUCGACCAUCCUCACAUAGUGAAGCUGAUGGGGGUCAUUACAGAGAACCCAGUGUGGAUCAUCAUGGAGCUCUGCACACUUGGAGAGCUACGAUCAUUUCUCCAGGUUAGAAAAUACAGUUUAGAUCUGGCUUCUCUCAUCUUGUACUCUUAUCAGCUCAGCACAGCGCUGGCGUAUCUGGAGAGCAAACGCUUUGUGCACAGGGAUAUUGCAGCAAGAAAUGUUCUGGUGUCCACAGUUGACUGUGUAAAGUUGGGAGACUUUGGACUGUCUCGAUACAUGGAGGACAGCUCUUAUUAUAAAGCAUCUAAAGGUAAACUACCUAUCAAAUGGAUGGCCCCAGAAUCCAUCAACUUCAGAAGAUUUACUUCAGCCAGCGACGUCUGGAUGUUCGGCGUCUGCAUGUGGGAGAUUCUGAUGUUUGGCAUCAAGCCUUUCCAGGGUGUGAAGAACAACGACGUUAUUGGCAGGAUAGAGAAUGGAGAGCGGCUUGCUAUGCCCCCUCAGUGCCCUCCCACGCUCUACAGCCUGAUGACAAAAUGCUGGUCGUACGAUCCCAGCAAGAGGCCGCGCUUUCAAGAACUUAAAACACAGCUAAGCACGAUAUUGGAGGAGGAGAAAGUCCAGCAGAAAGAAAGGAACAGGAUGGAGAUGAGGAGGCAGGUCACUGUUUCCUGGGACUCUGGAGGGUCUGAUGAGGCUCCACCAAAACCAAGCAGACCAGGCUAUCCCAGUCCCCGCUCCAGUGAAGGUUUCUAUCCAAGUCCUCAGCAUCCUGGACACUACCAGAUGGCAGGGUAUCCUGGCCCUCACACCCUCCCCUCGGUGCCCAGCGCCCUCUACCCUCCACCAGCUGCCAUGGUGGACACACACCACGCACACACACACCCUCGCCACCACGUGCACACGCACUCGCACGCACAGCAACUUCCCCAGCCCCACGGAGCGGACAUGGCACUAUGGGAGGACAGUGAAGUAGACUUGCAGCAGUGUGUAGGCCAGCAGUGCCUGUUAAUGGAGGAACAGCUGAUGAUACAGCAGCAGCAGAUGGAGGAGGAUCAGAGGUGGCUGGAACAGGAGGAAAGGCUGCUGAAACCAGACACGAGGAGCUCUAGAGGGAGUCUGGAAAGAGAAGACGGUGGACUCCAGCCUCCGACAGGAAACCAGCACAUAUACCAGCCCGUUGGCAAAACAGAGCAUGUGGCCCCUCCAAAGAAACCCCCUCGGCCCGGGGCCCAGAGCCAAGUAGGAGGUCUGGCCUGUCUUAACAGCGGAGACAGUUACAACGAUGGAGUAAAGCCCUGGCGGCUGCAGCCUCAGGAGAUAAGCCCGCCUCCCACAGCCAAUCUGGACCGCUCAAACGACAAAGUGUACGAGAACGUGACGGGACUGGUGAAAGCUGUGAUCGAGAUGUCGAGUAAGAUUCAGCCAGCGCCUCCGGAGGAAUACGUCCCCAUGGUCAAGGAUGUUGGUCUGGCUCUGAGGACAUUAUUGGCCACAGUAGAUGAGACUCUACCUCAGCUCCCAGCCAGCACACACAGAGAGAUCGAGAUGGCACAAAAACUGCUGAACUCUGACUUGGCAGAGCUGAUUGGGAAGAUGAAGUUAGCCCAACAAUAUGUGAUGACCAGUCUGCAGCAGGACUACAAGAAGCAGAUGCUGACGGCAGCUCACGCUCUUGCCGUUGAUGCCAAGAACCUCUUGGACGUCAUCGACCAGUCGCGGCUGAAGAUAAUGGCCCACUCCCGCCCACACUAGCCCCACCGUACCCACCGAGGGGCUGAGUUGACUCAGCGGGAAACACGGCGCCUCUAUGGUUUCUGCUGCAGAACUAGAGACUUCUGGAUGGGUGGCKUCAGUCCUGAGAGAUGACAGAAGGCUGCUCUGUUCUCAUCACGACCUGAGGGGGGGAAAUCAAACCAUUAUACCUUCAAUCCUCCUUUAGGAUGGGAUUAAGUUAUCAACCACUGUGACUUUCCUAAGACAAGUAAAAACACUUCCUGAGUCAGAGCCUGUGCAGCUCUGCUCUCUUUGGACUGGACUGAAGAGAUAAGAGGACUGCAGAAACUGAUUUUUUUUUUAACUCUGGAUCUGGAGAUAAAAACUUCCUGAUGGUAUCAAACACUAUAAAGGGAGUGAUCUGACAUCGGGUCCAUCAGAACCUGACUGGACUGUGAACUAUGUGAAACAUAUCUCUGUGAAACAUCAGCCAUCUCAGUGUGUUUGUCCACAUGGAUCACCUCGUUAGGUCUUUGGUUGUGAACUCUGGACGUUUUGGAUCCGGUGAUCUCAGACGGACGUCUCGACUGGACGACGCUCGGCGGAUCCACCUGGAAGCCUUCGCGUCUUCUUCGACGCUGUCUCUUCUCCGCGCGCUCCUGUUCCCUCCGUCUCACCGGUUUUUAUUUAUAGACUCGACUCACAGAGGAGACGGAAGGAGGGAACAGGAGGUGAAACUUCAGGAGCACACAGUCCUCCUCCUCUAUUUGACUCUUGUCCUUCUCUUCCUGCAGUCUUCCUCAGCUCGUCUCUGAGCAGGUUUUUAAAAGACUCUAAAUAUGAAGAAUACCCCACGCAGGACACUUUCCACUCCCCGGUUUCGUCAACUCUUUUUAUUUUAUUUUUUUGUUUAAUUUUGGCUGGCUCCAUUUUUUGUGUUGUUUUAUCACUUUCUGGACUGAAAACUGUUUGUAACUCAGAGAACAGGCAAUCCCAGCAAAGAAAAAACAAAAAAAAGAAAAGAAAAAGAGCUUGAUUUUAAACUGUAAUGUAAAGACGUAUGUUCUUUUCUUUUCUUGGGUCAGGAAACAGUUCAUAUGUUCCUCCAAGACCGGGAGGGGGAGGGGGGGGCGGGGUCGCACUUUGUCCAAUCGCUCAGCUGUGGCACAAAAAUAAACCUCCAACAAACCAGGUGUAUCACUUUAAAAAUGUCCCGCCCAACCACCGUCUCCAGGUAAACAMCACACAGGGAGCCACGUGACUGGAGCUGGUUUUACAAACAGAAAACUGUAAAAGUGAAACAUGGAGUGAAGCCGGUAUAACAUCAUAUACUGCUAUGAGGAAGGGAGCAUAUUUGCACAGCACCGAAAUACGAAUAAAUCAUAAUCUAACCUUUUUAAUCCCAUUUUACCCAGAUGUGACAAUUCAUGUUUAACCAGCAACAAAACGAUCGACUUUCUGGGUCAAAUAUGGGUUUAAAAUAUUUAAAACACAUUAAAAGAAAAAAAAAUACCCUAAACAAUCUAUUUUAUCUCAGUGUCGUGUAAAUCUGCUCAUGUUGGUAUAUUGUAAGCUAUACUGGUGUGUAUCACUGGUGAAUUGUACAGAACUGGUAAACACUGGUUUUUAUUUUGUCUUCUCGGCUAAAUGCGCCGUCUUGUUAAAUAGGAAGAAAAAAAACAAAACAAACAGUGAAAUAAAAGAAUGAAAUGAGAGUGA